CUCGGUGCUCUGGUUCGGCGCCAGCCCGUGCUGCUUGUGUGUGCCUCUCGUCGGCGAAUUGGGCCCCGAAUUCGGCAGUUUCGCACGUUCGGACAGUUGGAGAAUCGACGGUCGGCAUCGGGACGUCUGCCGCGUCGACGCGCCGCCGAGUGACAGCGCCCGCGUUUUCGGCGCCGCCGCCACCGUCGACGUCGGUCGGCGGCGACACGUGUGUGACACCUGCCAGUGUGGAGACCCAUGUCGGACACUUUUUACCCGUGACGACAGACCCUGGCAGGACGAACUCGAAGCGCAAUGGCGAGCAACGAGGCCGCGAGGUGCCGCAGGAAGCAGGCCAAACCGCAGAGGAAAAAAGUUGAUUUAGAAGAUCUCGGUGACGAUGAGCGGCCGCUUUCCGAUUCGGCGACGCCGCUAGAGAUGGAGGAGAGUCCGUCGGGGCCACCGUCGCCGCCGCUGGCCGCCGACAAGGCCCCCGAAAGUCGGUCGCCCGCUCGGCCGGCGCCGCAGAUGAGUCCCGACGACAACCACAACCAUCGAAGCGAAAGUUCCAAAAACGUGCUGGCCAACGGCAAAGAGCAGCCGGUGCUCACCAACGGACACCAGAACGACGAGGACGAGAAGAUCAGGGAGUACCUCGGACGCAGCGACACGGCCGUCAUCUUUCCAGAGCCGGUCGACGCCAACAGCACAUCUGAAAACGCAGUUUCGCUGCCCAAGUCAGAAACGUCGCCAGCCUCCUUGGACUACAUCAGGUGUUCGCAAUGCCAGAAGAGCUUCCCAGGGUUCGCGGCGCUCAAGGCGCACAUGCAGUCGGCGCACGACGGCGCCACCUCAGGAUCUCCGUCCCCGACGCCAGGCCUCGGCUCACCCCUCGACCCGCCCCCGACGCCCGGGGGUGCCUACGCGUGUCAGCAGUGCAACCUGGCGUUCGCGCAGCGCGAACACCUCGACAAGCACGAGCUCAUGCAUUCGCCCAACGCACAAGUCUCUUGCAAGGUGUGCCACAAGCAGUUCGCCAACGUCUACAGGCUGCAGAGGCACAUGAUUAGCCACGACGAAAGCGCCGUUCUUCGCAAAUUCAAAUGCCCGGAGUGCGACAAGGCUUUCAAGUUCAAGCACCACCUCAAGGAGCACAUCCGGAUCCACAGCGGCGAGAAGCCCUUCGAGUGCCAGAACUGCGGCAAGCGGUUUUCCCACUCCGGCUCCUACUCCAGCCACAUGACCUCCAAGAAAUGCCUCGUCGUCAACCUCAAGGUUGGUCGAGGUGCUCGCGGUGCAAAUCCUGCAGAGAAAGCGUCGCAGCAGCAGUCGUCGAGGGGCAGCCCCAGUGCCCCUUCACCGAAUCUGGGCCCCAAGCGGCGUCCGUCGCCUCCGGUUGCCCCAUCCCUCGGCCAGGCACCUUUCCCCUCACUGCUGACCCCAGGUCUGACUCAGUGUCCGACACCCCCGAGCGCAGGAGUCCCGAACGCCUUCCAGGCGUAUCUGCAGCUGCUGCACAGCGGCGCCUUCAACCCGGCGGCCUUUUCGCCCACGUUCCCCGGUCAGCUCGACCGCAUAUUCCAGAACCUGAGGCAGCAGCAACCUGCCGAGGGCGCCGACAGCGUGCCCAGCUACUUCUCAGGACUGCCGGCCCUGACCCACCCUGACCUCAGGAACAACAACCAAACCAAGGAGGAGGAAAAUGAGGACAAGGACAGACACUGCGCAAGCCCUUCUGUCACCAUUUCAGAAAUGAAAGAGGAGGUUAAAGUGGAAAAUGACAACGAUCAGGCGGAGGAAAAUCACGAGGUGGACAUGGACGACGUCCCUGAGAGAAGGGAUUACGCCUCGGAAGAAAAGGACGAGGACUUUGAGGAGGAGUCGCACCCGGACCCUGUGAAAAGCCUGGUGCAAAUCGUCGGGUCUUCGGUGACCAAAGAGCGGUUGGAGGCCCGAAUGCAAAGCCUCACGCCUCCCCCCAUCGUCGAGCAUGCCGAGGACCGCGAGGAAGGCCUGGCCGCAAAGUUGGAGGCCAGCAUGGCCUUCAAGAGCGAGUCCGGCUGCAGCGACGACAACGAGGACUCUGCGAGGGCUACGGACGACGAGGGAAAUGCCAAGAGGAAGGUCAGGGUGCGGUCGCAGAUUGGCGAGGAGCAGUUGACGGUCCUCAAGGCCUACUACCACAAGAACCCCAAGCCCAAGAAGGAGGAAUUGACGGCCAUUGCUGAGCAACUCGGCUUCACCGAAAGGGUUGUGCAGGUUUGGUUCCAGAAUACCCGUGCCCGCGACCGUCGCGAAGGUCGUCUCCUGGGUCCGUAUCCGACCUUUGGCGAGUACCCGCACCUCAACGGCACCCUGGUGGCCCUGAACAACAACAAGACCCUUCCGCCGCCUGAUUUCAACCUGCCGCUGGACCUGUCGACCAAGAAACAUCCGGUGCAGCCGCACUUUCCCAGCGCGGCGUCCUCGCACUGCAGCUCGCCGCGCGGUGGUCUUUCCGACUCGGACGACAACGGCGCCAUCAACCUGAGCAGGAAGUCCUCGCCGACGCCAUUCCGACCGUACGCGCUCGACCACCAGCUGUCGCACCACAGCACGGUGGUGCCCUCGCUUAUUUUCCGCAACGCCGCCAGAGACCACAGUCCGGCGCCAGCUUCCUCGCCCAACAGUUCCGACCUGGUCAGCUUCAGCGGAAACAGACUCAAGUCCAUUCUGAGCCAACCGUCGCCUGGGAACUUCUUCGGCAAUGAAUUGCUGGCCGCAGCCAUGAAUGGACACGGCAGUCCUACAAAGAGACAGUGGAAGCCGUCCUUCCUCGAGUACGGCGAGACAGCAGAUGAAGAUUCUCUUAGCAUGGGAGAAGACCCAACUCGAAAGAAGCGUCGCACCCCCAACAUCCCUUCACCGAUCGGUCCGACGAUGGUCCAGUCGGGCAAUUCAACUCCGCUGAAGUUGAGCCAAAGUGGACAGGAAGAGGAAGGCCAGUACGGCUGCGACCAGUGCGACAAGUCCUUCUCCAAGCAAAGCUCUCUCGCCAGACACAAAUACGAGCAUUCUGGUCAAAGACCGCACAAAUGCGACGUGUGCAGCAAGGCGUUCAAGCACAAGCACCACCUGACGGAGCACAAGCGGCUGCACAGCGGCGAGAAGCCGUUCCAAUGUUCCAAGUGCCUCAAACGCUUUUCCCACUCGGGUUCCUACAGCCAGCACAUGAACCACCGCUACUCGUACUGCAAGCCGUACCGAGACUAGACCGCGGACUCGCCUCACCCUCUCCUCACCGUGUAAAUACAUGAUUUAAAGGACAGGAAAUUUUUCAUUCGUGGAAACGACGUUUUGAGCUUAAGAGAUGUUUAAACAAUCUUUUUGCAUCAUUCCUCUUAUCCAUCCAUGUCUAACGAGAAAGGAAAAACACACACAGCUAUAAGUAAAUGUUGAACAGAAAAAAAGUUGCUAUUAAUUGUAUAAACUGCGCGCGCCAAAUUUUAGCAGCCGCUUCUUCCUAUCUCUUCACUCGUUAUUAUGGAAAACCGUAGCAUAAUUUAUAGUAGUGGAGCGUGUAGUCCGCGUUUAGAGCGAUUUUCUCCUCUCUAUAGUUCAUCCCGCACUCGGUGUCUCUCUCUCUCUAGUGUUAUUUAAUAUAAGAAAUUGCAAAAUCGUUUUUCUACUCGUCGUCGGUUUGCCAACGAAACUCGAAAUCAAUAUAUGUACAAAGACACACGUUUUUAAACAGAUUUAUUUAACCAUUCAUAAAACCAAAGCUUGUCAGCCAAACAAUAAUUAUAUAAUUCAUAGAGACAAAUUAGUCAAGUUUUUAAUUAUUGAGAGCUCUAGUCGGUUUCGUUAAAACUGAUGUUUGUGCCAAAUCCGUACACAAAUUUGAAUCGGUUGUCUUCCGCCUACAGCAAACAGGAGAGAAAUCGUUGCCAUAAUUUUUAGUCAUGACAUUUGAAAAUCUAAUCAUUUUUAAUUAUAUAU